UUCAAAGGGCACACCCUCAGAGACUGGCUGAGAGAGAGAGACGGAGACAGAGGGGAUCCCGUGUGCAACACAACUUUGUAUUUCCACAGUUUCCACACUGACAGGAUCUCAUCUUCUGUAGUUGGACCAUUAUCAUCCAACGACAGGACCUAGAAAAUGGUGUUUGACAUCCGGAAGCGCAUCCAGGACCACCUGGUGGAGCGAAGAAUCCGCAGAAGCCGGCUGGUGACCAAAGAUGGCCACUGCAACAUUGAAUUCGGCAACGUGAAGUACGGCAACCAAUUUGCCUUCCUCGUGGACUUCUGGACGACCUUUGUGGAGUUCCGCUGGCGCUUUGUCCUCUUCUUCUUCAUCGCCUCAUUCACCCUGAGCUGGUUCAUCUUCAGCCUGCUGUGGUUCUGGAUCGCCCGGAACAACGGGGACCUGACGUGGCAGAACCCCCCAAGCAACCACACCCCCUGUAUGUGGAACGUCUACGGUCUCACUACGGCCUUCCUCUUCUCCCUGGAGACCCAGACCACCAUCGGGUAUGGUGUACGCGCUGUCACGCCCCAAUGUCCUGGUGCUGUAGCCCUCAUCAUUAUCCAGACUCUCAUAGGGGCCCUCAUACACUGCUUCAUGUGUGGAAUCAUCGUGUCCAAGAUAUCCCUCCCUAAGAAAAGGGCCAAGACCAUCUCAUUCAGUGAGGUGGCUGUCAUCUGUCCUAAGAAGGACUUCCUUUGCCUUAUGAUAAGAGUGGCCAACUUACGCAAGACCAUGAUGAUCGGGAGCCAGAUCUACGGCAAGCUGUUGAGGACAACAGUCAAACCCGACGGGGAGACAAUCAUCAUGGACCAGGUGAACAUUGAGUUCAUGAUGGACGCUGGGAAGGACAACCUCUUCUUUGUGUGCCCUCUCACACUCUACCAUGUGAUUGACAAGGCUAGCCCUUUCUUUGAGAUGGCAGUGGACACUCUCCGUAAGCAGGAGUUUGAGCUGGUGGUGUUUCUGGAGGGCACAGCCGAGACCACCAGCUCAGCCUGCCAGGUCAGGACUUCCUUCAUUCCUCAGGAGAUCAUGUGGGGUUACAACUUCCUACCCAUCAUCUCCCGCAGCAAAGAGGGCAAGUACAGAGUGGAUUUCUCCAACUUCUCCAAGGUAGUGUCCGUUGCCACUGCACACUGUGCCUACUGCUUCCAUAACAUAAUGGGACACCACCUCCCCUCCAUCAAUGCCAUUGACAAUGUUGGAUUUGAAGUUAUUGAUAUCCUAGAAUAAUUUAAUAUUACCAAGAUGUGAACUUUUGGAUGGCAAUAUGUGAAGAUUUUUUUUAUCUUGUAAUAUUUAUAUAUACAGUAGGGUUUGAAAUGAUUGACACCCUUUAUAAAGAUGACCAAUAAUGACUAUAAAAUAAUUAAUUCAAAUACUGAGCUAUAAUUUUUGCAAUUAUAUUAUUUUAUACUAAGAAAAUUGCUCAGAGAUAGAGAUUUUGUUUAACAAGUAAUAUAUUGGGGUCAAAAGUAUUGACAUCCCUAAGAUUCUUAUAUAUAAAGUAGUCAAAAGUUUAGUAUUUGUUUCCAUAUUCCUAGCAAGCAAUUACUACAUCAAGCUUGUCACCCUACAAACUUGUUGGAUGUAUUUGCAGUUUGUCUUGGUUGUGUCUCAGAUUAUUUUGAGCCCAACAGAAAUGAAUGCUAAAUAAUGUACUGUGUCAUUCUGGAGUGAGUUUUAUUGUAAAUAAGAAUAUAAUAUGUAUACCCAGGGUCAAAGAUCAUACCCCUAGACAUGCUAACCUCUCACCAUUACCAUCUUGACCCUCUGACCCUCUACUUCGUUCAAGAGACUUAAAAAGCUGCAAUAUUAUAUGCCUUGCAGAGACGUGGCUGUAUGACUAUGUACGUAGGACUCUGCUGUUUCUCCUUUCAGCGGCAUAGACGGAUGAAGGCAGCCUCUGGCAAGUCCAAAGGGGGAGGGGUGUCUCUCUUCAAAAACAACAACUGGUCCUCUGCUUCCAGUGUGAAGGAAAGGAAAAGAAACUGAUGGGUGCACACCUCCCACUGUAUCUGGAACCUGGACUUCCUGGCGGGACGGCCCCAGGUGGUGAGGGUAGGCAACAACACCUUGGCUACGCUGGCCAUCAACGCAGGGGCCCCUCAGGGGUGUGUGCUUAGUUCCCUCCUGUACUCCCUGUUCACCCACAACUGUGUGGCCAUACACGACACCAACACCAUCAUUAAGUUUGUUGGAGACACAAAUGUGGUAGGCCUUAUCAUCGAUGGCGAUGAGACAAGAUUUACAGGGAUGAGGUCAGAGACUGGGCAGUGUGGGGCCAUGACAACAACCUCUCCCUAAACAUCAGUAAGACCAAGGAGCUGAUCGUGAACUACGGGAGAAAUAGGGGAGAGCAUGCCCUUCAUCCACAUCGAUGGGGCUGUUGUGGAGCGGUUUGAGAGCUUCAAGUUACUUGGCGUCCACAUCACUAAAAACUUAACAUGGUCCACACACCCCCGUGCAGUCGUGAAGAGGGCACAAACAAUUGGCGAAGACUCCAUCCACUCCAUCCAUACAGCCUCAAUUCAGUUGUGUCAAGUUGUGAUACACACAGGAAACUGUUGAGCGUGAAAAACCCAGCAGCGUUGCAGUACUCCAUACA